GGCAGCUCCGAGCACCGACGGCGGCGGCGAGCAGUCGUCAGUCGGUCACGGCGUCCCGGUGAGCGACGUUUGUUAGUUGGCGUCUGUGUGUGUUUGUGUGUGUGUGUGUGUGUCACAGUCGGUGUGCACGCGUGUCUGUGUGUGAGCGGCGUUUAGCGGUGUGUACGUGCGAGCGAUCGUUUCACCCGGCAGGGCACAGUGUGUGCCGAGUCUUUGCGUCGUACGGAAACUCGCCGCGCGACUCGAACGGAAAUCGGAGAGAUAAGGGAAAAAGAAAACCCGUCGGCGACGACGCCGAGUUUUUUUUUUUUUCUCCUUACACUUCUCCGUCAUCUUCUAGUUCUUGAAUCGCUGCACGUUUCGCCAAACGCGUGGAUCUCGUACGCGGGUCCCAACGACCCCUCAAUCCGGCGAGGGUCGUUUUAUUAAAUUCUAAAUCGCGUAAUAUAUGUCGACGCGAUUACAUUAUAUAUCGUACACGACGACCCUUAAACGCGUACUUAAAAAAAAAAAAAAAAUCCCCCUAUUCCAAUCUACGCCAUCCAUUGACGGCUAUAAUACAUCGUUACAGUUGCAAAUUGUUAUAGAUUUCGUCGUGCUGCAUGCGGCAGACAAGACUAUAAAUUCGCAAAAGGCAGACGGAAAUAAACAAUAAGGGGAAAAAAGAAAGAAUAAGAAAUAAAAUGAUCGUAAAUUUUUCGGCGGUCGUUGGACGGCGAAGUAUUCACUCGAUUGAAGGGUUCGAAAGUCUAAGAAAAGUCGCAGUGGCCAAACCACCGCCGGCUUUGGCGUUGUCUUCCGUUCGGAAAUGCGCCGUUUAAUCCGUCCGAAGAACACUUGACAUUAGCCAACAUGAUUUGGUCAAUGAAGUCUACGGACAGUGGUGGAGAUGGCGGCGAAGAAGAUUCGGGUGGCAGGGGUGGAAUCGCCAAGGCGGUCAAGUGGCGAUGGCGUGGUCAUCAAGUCACGACUACUUCAGUGUCAACAUCUCCGGGCUGUAGAUGGGUGCUCAUGACAAUGUUCGUCUUCUUCUUCUUCAUAACCAGCACGGCAGCCGUGCUAUCAAAUUCCACGUUCAAAGGCGAACAACAAAGCGACAUAAACGCACGCAUAGGACAGUCAGCGUUUUUACCUUGCGAACUGGAACCCAAUAACGUGACCACGGGAUUCGAGAUCACCACCCAGUGUGGAAUAGUCCACUCCGUGAAAUGGUAUCGAGGAGCUAACAGAAUAUUCCUGUAUUCCGGUGGGCCUCGAACGACACAGCCACACCGAGAAGGGUACACCGACAGAUAUGACAGAUCGUAUUGGAGUACGGAACCAAAUACUACGUUGGGCUUCUUAGUAAUGGACAAUAUAACAGCGCUUGACGAGGGUGUUUAUAAAUGUGAGAUCACGUAUACUAAAGUACACGAAGGUUGCAACAUCGUUCAGUUUAUCAAUCUUACAACUUACACUGACCCUGAAUCUAUCAGUGUUGGUACAUUGGUUGAACCUAGUGAUCUUUCGGCGCACAAUUACAUCGAUCCUUCAUCAGAUUUUUAUGAUGAUAAAAAUAGCGAUCCAAAAUUUGGUUUAAUGAAAAAGUUAACAUCUGGUACAAUCGUGGGCCCAGUGGAUGAAGGAAGUAAAAUACGUCUGGUAUGUCGUGCAGGCCGUGCUAGGCCUAUACCCCAAGUUACAUGGUGGCAACAUAGUCGUGGUCCAAUUUAUGAUAGUGAUUUAGUUGAUUAUCAAUACCGUAAAGUGGAUUCUGAUAUGUCCGAUGACGUUUUCUCGUACUCAGGAUUAUGGGUUGCACAAAGCGUUCUCACUGUUGUCGGGAAAAGGGGUGCAAACGGUAGAUAUGAAUGUAGAGUAAAAACAGCAACUGAUUCGUCACCAAUUCUAACAUCUAAUGUCGAAGUCACUGUAAACGUAAGUCCAUAUUCAGUUGAAAUGUCCACAUCAUCAUCAGGCACCACAGUAACUACGGUUUCUAAAGUCGACGAUCGUAAUAAGUCUCAAAAUAGCGAACAUGAUAGAAAUUCCGAAGAAGUAGUUUAUGCUGAAACUACAGAGGGCCAACCGUUAGUAAUUCGGUGCGCGGCACGUGGAGCCCGUCCUCAAGCGAACGUGACGUGGUAUUAUUAUUAUAAGGAUCAAGAAAAUGAUGACGACAAUGAUUACGGAAAUGGAAUAAGAAAUGAACAAAAUAUUCAUGCACCUACCGCUCAAUCGUCGAAGCACGGCGCACCCGUUAUGUUAGGAAACAGCCAGCAAAACGGAGGUUCUACAGCUAGGUCUCCCAGUGAUUAUUUGAUAUCGGAACAGCGACGUAUGGAAGGUGGAGCAGAAAUUAUAGGUCCUGUAGAAAUAGCGCAGCAUACUGAGUAUCAAGCUGAUGGUACUCGAGAUACACACAGCCAAUUAUCAAUGUCACAACUUCAUCGCCAACAAGACGGUUCCAUUUUGCGGUGUGACGCAUUCAAUAACGUCGGUUCAUCACCGAAUCAACCUCUCACUGUAAACAUGACAAUCCGAGUAAAAUAUGUACCAACUGCUUGGGUAGUACCCAUCACUGACGGAGAAAAUUCUGGUGCAAUUGUAGAGGAUGAAAUAAAAAACGAUAUAGGUCAACAACGUAAAGGAGGAGUUGAUAAUGGCAAUAAUAUCAACCCAAUAAUAAUUGAUGCAUCCAAAGACACUUAUGACGGAUCAUACUAUCAAACAACUCUAUAUACUGUGGUGGUUAAUGAAACCAAAGAAUUAAGGCUGCUCUGUGCAUACCACGCUAAUCCGGAUAAACUCCGAACUCCUGUUAAAUGGUAUCGAGAUGGCAUUGAGUUACAAUUAGUUGACGAAGACGAAUCAUCUUCGCCAAAUUACGGAUCAUCAGCAUCGUCAUAUGCAGCAGUUACACCAGCUACAGGCACGGGUACGGUAUCAGGGUCGUCAAACGGUGCUAAUUCUAGAUUUCGCUCGAACUCUAUGGGAAAUAUCGCAAAAUAUGCUCGAGUUAAAGGAUCGGUCAAUGGAAAUGGAGGCAUUCAUGGAGAUGGUAAUGGUGAAGACGCAACUGUAUUAGUGGUUAGGAAGUUAACACGUUCCGACUCAGGACGUUAUGAAUGUCGAGUAAGAAAUUCAGUUGGAGCAGCCAAUUCUACAAAUUUUGCAAACGUUCGUGUUCAAUAUACACCUAAGGUAAAAUUGCACGUUAUCUUAGACGAUUCACUCGACGAAAAUCAAACUUCAUCAACAGUGAGUAGCAGUAUCAACAAUAAUAUGGUUGGAUCAAAUCCAAUUGUAUUAGAAUCGGAACAUCGCAACGUUACACUCCGAUGUGCUGUACAAUUAGAAGAAGAUCAGCAAAAUAUUGAAGAUAUCAACAGCGAUCCGUCUUUGAACUUAACAUCUGUUCAUUGGUAUUGGAACGGCGUACAAAUGCAGUUACCAAACUGUACUAGAUCACCGGAUAGUAGUGAUAUUUUUGUAGAAGAAGAAGAUGGAGAGAACGAUUUCGAUACAGAUAAUAAUGAUGAAAAUAAUGCCAUGAACUUUAACUAUGAAACUAGUGAACCACAUGGAGUGGGAGAAUAUGACUCAUAUGCUGUUGAUAAUGACACAAGGAGACGCAAUAAAAAGCAAAAGAAAGUGGUGUGCACUGAUAGAGAACUUAUUUUAGUUAAUGUGACGAAAAAUAUUCAUGGAAAUUAUUCAUGUCGAGCGCGGAAUGCUGCUGGUCUUCUUACUCCGAUGUCUGAUCAGACACCACUUAUCGUAUAUUUUGCUCCGGGACCGGUGACAUUGGAGUUUAGUCCACGACGGGUCAUAAAAGGAAGGAACGUAACCUUGCGAUGCAAUGCUCAAUAUCUUGGUCGGCCACAACAUCCUACUCGUUACUCAUGGUUUCGCGACGGACAUCCAUUUUACCACCAAAAUCAAGGAAUAAACCCUAGCAUAAAUUCUGGAACCGGAAUUAGUAUUGGCGCUAAUGGAAAUAAUGGCGGAGGAAAUUUCAACCCUGAAUGGUUUGUCGAUCAUGUUUCAUUAGAAACUCGUGCUAAUUUCACCUGUUCCGCUUACAACGAAGGCGGUGUCACAUAUUCCGAGCCCGUAUACAUUGAAGUUUUCGCUCCACCAAAUUACAUCACUGGGCCUCCACAAUACUUAGGAGUUGCAUUUAAUGCAACACACGUGAAUGCAUCAUGCACUGUUGAAUGUUAUCCUCAUUGCUCCGUGAACUGGUUACGCCGUGGUGUCCUUAUCGAUCCAAUAAACAAUCCUAUGGACAAAGAGAGAUAUUCAAUACUGACGGAAUAUUUACCAGCGGAACGGUUGAAAAACGAUUUCGAAGCGGUGCGCAGCACGUUGAUAUGGCGCAUGGAUAACUGGCCAGGCGGUCGCGGUUUGGAUCCCAUAACAGAUUCCACGGAAUACAGUUGCCGGAGCAGUGGCAAUGAAGUCGGUCCACCGGUAUCAGAAUCGAUAAUGAAUUUCUCUGUUGAAUAUCCUCCUGGUAAUAUGACUGUCUCCAAAACGGUUGUGCAUGUCAGCGAAGGUAACAUACCAGAAAAAGUGUUUUGCCACGCCGAGGGCCGCCCUCAGCCCACUUUCGAGUGGCGUUACAUCGCCAACACGAACAAUUGGAACAUGCAAGGAAAUUCGUCCCAGUCGACCCAAUCGUCUUCGCAGCAAAGACUCUCUUCGAUCGUCAAUACUGGAAACAGCGGUGUCAGCGGUGGCUCCGGAAGCAGUGGUGGUCAAAUUAAUAACCAACAGUUGGUGUUGAACUCAGCUGUGAGUAGGCAACAAUCUGGUUAUUAUGCCUGCGUGGCUCGCAACACACAUGGAAACGAAACUGCAUACACUUAUCUGGACGUUAUGUAUAAGCCUAGCUGUCAGCUUAGGAUGAUAACCGUUGAUCAAUUAAAACAGGAAUCAUCAGCUAGUUUGACAGAUCAAUCUUCGGAAUUAGAGGAAUUUUUGUCUUCAUCAUCUGGUGAAAAAAGAAUACUGGUGUGUACAGCUACUGCAAAUCCAGGCCAGGUACAAUAUACGUGGACCAUAAGAAACUCAGGUCGCCAGAAUGAUACGUCAACAUCUUUGACAUCUGAUUCUCCUGCUACUGAGAGAGUCAUCACCGUAUCAAUGGGAUCAUCAGGCAACAGCGGAUCAAACGAAAUGGAUAAUAUGGGAAGUUAUAACCGAAGCAUAUUAAUAUUACAAGAUAGACUAGAAGUGAGCAACAACGAGGAUGACGAAGGAAGGGGCACCGACAAUAUACCAAACAACGGUGCAUCAGAAGGUGUCAGGACAUAUGUAUGUACUGUAAACAACACUGUAGGAACAGACCGGUGUAGCAUUCAAGUUCAAGCUGUCAGGGAAAGUGACGCUCCGUGGUGGAAACAGUUGUUGGCAGCCAUAGGUUUGGGUGGGUUACCAGUGAUGGUCGUCUUGGUGGCCUUGGUUGUGAUUUUGCUACUUAUCGUCAUCAUUGUCAUUGUUAUCCUGUUGCUGUUCGUUUGUAAGAACCGUUACAUUAAACCGGGCAACGGAGUGUCGGGAGGACGUCAGAAAUAUGUUAAACAAAAAUACCCUACACUGACGGCGUAUAGGGUACCAGUCGUUUGGCGCCGGCACCGAGGCCGUGGCUUGCUAUUAAACAUAUCGAAAGUGCGACAAAAUCCCGAAGGGAGUGCCACGUCAUCGAUUUCCGGUGCCAAUCCAGCGGCUGCACAGCAGUGCACAGAUCAACCGGCGAAUGUUCCAAGCAACCCUAAGCCCCCGCCCGGAUAUGACGACGAUCAUUCGCAAUCGUUUUCCAGUCAGCGGACCGUUUCCGCCACGAGCGUCGUCGGAAAAUGGCCGCUCAAGCCGGGUGUGUUGGUCCAUUCAAAACAGCAACUGCUCAAGUCGCAGUCGGCUAUUGCUCACUGUCAACCGACAACUGGCGACACCGCGGACAGCGGCAGUGGGGACGGAUCCACAAACAAAACCAUUGCUGACGGAGGUAGUGAUAAACAUAAGUCGAAAAAAAACCAUACUGGUAAAGGAAAACCGCCGGCGAUUGAGUCCAUGAUGUUGGCCAACGAGACGCAAUCGGCACGCGCAGCUCGCAUACGUCGCAUGAUGAUCGGAUCUAAUAAUAAUUUGGUGCCAAAAAAACCGUCACCCACGUCACCUCCUCCCGCGCCACCUGUCCGACAGAGCUCGGACACCGGCGCGGGCAGAUAUCCUUCUACGACAGAUUCACGGGGCGGAGCCGGUCAACAACAGGACAACGAAUCCAACUUGGGAGCGGCGGGUGAAUCGAAAGCCGCGUUCUACGAGAACUUGCCAUUCCAUGGAAUGCGACCACCGCCCAAUCAGUCGUCUGCGCUUCAACCGCCUACAGUAAGCAACGGUACCGGAAACGCGGUCGGCCGCGCCAUCAGCAAGCCGCCGUUGCCCUUGCCGCCAGCGGACGCGUCGCUGUCGCCGUCGCCGUCGUUAAUCCACCGGUCACCGAACGGCGGAUACGUGUCACUGUUGCGCCGGUCCGCGGUUCCCGAGCCGGACGCGGUCGUCGGCGGCGGACGUCCGACGGCCGCCGUUCGGUUCAACUCGUUGAAAAGGCCGAACCACGACCCGACCGCGACCGCGUGGCAGCGACGCGAUCGGCAGUUCCGGUCGAUGAGAACCGUGGGCACGGGCGAUAGCGAUAAGCCGGUCGUCGCCAAACCGACGAUCGGUCGGUCGACCGUCCGCGACGAUCGGCGAGGGCACCAAGACGAUAACAACAACGACAGCGGCGUCGCAGGCGACGACAAGACGAAAGCGUCGGUGGUGACCGUGGACCGUGGCGACAAACGGAAAGACGCGUUUUCCGCAUCGACGUUUCCCAAACCGGCGCCCAGGACGCGCGUGCCGUCCGCCUCUGUGGCGCCGCCGUCGUUGUCCCGCCGCGACACUUACGAGAACCUGCAGCAGCUAUUGAAUGGCAAUGACGGUAGCGUGAUCGGCAGCAACAAGUUAACUGGAGUCGGGAUAGGAGCUCGGAGCUUGGACGAGUUUUACCGCAUGCAAAUACAGCAACAGCACCAACUGUUGUACCACCGGGUGACCGCGGACGAUGCGACUGCGACAGCCCUCACGUCCGGAUACUCGACCGUCGGCGGCGGCGUCGUUCACCAUCGUCAGCAACAACAACAACAACAGCAGCAGCAGCAACACCAACAGCAACAGCAACAGUCCAUCGAAAUGACGCAGUUCGAGAUGACCGCCGGCUCGGGUCGGGAAGACGUGUACCAAAAGUCUCAGAAACACCAACAGCUGCAAAACGCGGUCGGCCGGUACUUGGUAGACGACGACGACGACGACGACGUCGUCAACCGCGGCGACGGGAUCGGUGGCGACGGCGACAAGAUCUGCAAGUCGAUGAUCGCCGGCGGUACCGUGGGAAGACGUCGCCGCGGCAACCAGCAAAUCUUAGACGGCGGAGGUCCGUUGACCGAUCACUACUACACCGGCGGCGGCAGCAGCCAACACCUGCAACAGUACCUCCACCACCACAGCCAACAGCAACCGCACGGCAACAGAAGACGCAGCAACGCCGACGGACCGGCCGCCCAGUCGACCGGCAUCACCAGCAAUUACAACACCGUGUCCGGCGUCGGAUACUACGCCGCAGACGUGUACGCCAGCAUGGACACGCGACAGCAACAGUCCAAGCUGCGGCAGUCGCAGCAACGGCCGUCGUACUGCGGCGGGGGGCGUCCGCCGGAAACGUUUUCCACGAACACUCGCCACGGCUGGCGCGGUCGUGGCGCCCCCUACAAACCGCCGGCGGCCAGCGGUUACGCGGAAGAUGGCGACAUGGAGUAUGCCGACGUGGACUACCGGACGAUGUACAAUUACGGGCCGAUCAAUUACAAACAAUCAUCUUGA